AUGUCUACCAAUCACCCUGCGCCUCUACUCCCAUCUCAAUCUCCAUCUCCAUCUCCAUCCCUCUCACUCCCUUCAUCCCGUGAUUUCAUGACCUCUCUCUUCAACAGUCUUACUUCUUCUUCUUCUCGUUCUUCUACUUCUUUUUCUCCAAUACAAAUUUCAGACAGAAAUGUAACAUCAGGUUCUAUCUCAUACACUCGGAAAUUUUCAAAGGAAAAUGAGAGGGAUGAUGGGGAUGGGAAUGGAAAUGGAAAUGGAAAUCCAUUAAAACAACUAGAUGCGCAGAAAAAAGCAUUAUUAAUGACACUCCAUGUCAUCUUCCCUCCGCCAUUGCUCUUACACGCGUUAGAUUUGCUGGAUAGAGGGGGAGUGGGACGGGUAGUUUUGAAAGGGGAGGGAGGUAUCGAGGAAGGAAUUAGUAAGAGGGAGGGACGGGGGGAUAGAAGAGAUGGUGCGAGAGGGAACAUGGAGCAGGAUGUUAGUAGCGAAAGAAAGAAAGAGGCAGAGAGUCGUCGAGAUCUGGAAGUCGAAGAUACAGAAGGAGGAGCGACGACUACCAAGGCUCAUAACCCCCAAGCCACUCCAUCCACAUUCGCAUCCCCACACAAAAAUUAUUCUCCUCUCGCUCCUGUCCAUCCCAGCCCAAAUUGCCGCUCGCCCCCCAAAACAAAACCACCAAUACUCUACCAAGUGCGCUCCUCCCAACCCCCCAAAUGGCAUUCCUCACGCUCUGCAUCCGGAAUAGGAAUAGGAACAGGCCAUGCAUCUGCAUCUGCAUCUGCAUCUUCAGAAAAUACAUACACCGUGCAUCUCGACGCCUGGAACUGUAGCUGUGCCGCUUUUGCAUUUUCUGCUUUUCCUGCUUUUCCUGCUUCUUCUUCCUCUUCCUCUUCUACUCAUCCCUAUCCAUACAUUUCUACUUCUACUUCUCCUUCUACCUCUACUUCAUCUCCUUCGUAUUUUCCAUGGAGCUCGAAGGAGAGCUCUCCCGAUGAGGACUGUUCAGAUUCAGUGGAGAAGGAAAAGGAGAAGAGAAAGGAAGAGGAGGAAAAGUGGCAAUAUGGAGGCUGGACGAAAACAUCCCAAGUACCCAUCUGUAAACAUUUAUUGGCGUGUUUGUUGAUGGAGAGGUGGGGUGAUGUGCUAGGGAUGUAUGUACGAGAGAGGGUUGUGGGGAGGGAGGAAAUGGGUGGGUUGGUUGUUUGA